AUGCCAAAGGCUCGAAAGCCCAAACGGAAGACACCAGUCACCCGAGCCGAGUCUUCUACGCGCCCCGGGCCCUCCGGAUCGUCUAGUAACCCAACCUCGACGCGCACGCUCAUCCGGAGAUUCCACGUUCUCAUAAAGCGCAAGGCACAGCUCGAAAAGGCCAUUUGUGAAAGUACGCAUCCGGAUGGUCCGGCCAACGCGACGACCUCGCUCGCGGACGUUGAGCGCGAGAUUGAGGAGUUGGGUGGGCUCAGUGCGUACCAGAGGAUGUCCAGCAUCGGGCAGGGUAGCGAUCGUGGAGGCGGGAGCGAGAAGGUCCUGGUCGAGUGGCUCAGGGAGCUGGGCGUCGCGGAUGGUGCGCGAAAUGCGAAGAAACGGCUAAAGUUGUUGGAGGUAGGUGCGCUCAAGCCCGACAACUAUGCACCUUGUGCCGCGUGGAUCGACCCCACGCCCAUCGACCUGCGUUCGCGGCAUCCAGACAUCAGGGAGCAAGAUUUCCUGUUAAUGGACGAAGAAGAGCACCGAGAAAAAUGGGAUAUCGUGAGCCUGAGCCUUGUCCUCAAUUUUGUCCCGGAUGCCAAGAACCGAGGGCGAAUGCUUCGGCUAGUAUACUCAAUGUUACGGCCAGGAGGGCACCUCUUUCUAGCGGUGAGCACCUGUCGUAUCGGUGCCGCAUGCAUGUCGCUUAACCGCAUAUGGACCGUCACAGUUGCCCUUGCCUUGCAUUUUGAAUUCGCGGUAUCUCACCCCUGA